GAACUACUCCGUGCUGAUGUCAUGACUCUGUAGUGGAGUAGAGUACCUAGCCACCUAGCUCAUGAUAUUGUGCCUCACGAGCUCACACAUAUGAUAUAUAUUCGUUAUGGUACAUUUCGUAACUAUAUCUCCCUAUUUAUUUUAACCUAUUUACUUUGAUCUAAUUCAUCUAAUUUUCAACUGCAUUCAAUAAUUCGAAUUAGCCAUGUCUUUUCUACGAAAUCCCGCAGCUCUUUUUGCUCUAAAUCUCACUACUUUGGUAGGUGUUGUGGGAAGCACCUACAACUUAAGAUCGCAUAUGGUGGAGCUCUCGGAGGAUCAUGAAGCAAGAAUGGAUGAGUUGGAAGGUACCUUGAGAGGACAUAUCGGACUUAUUGAGGAUGCUCUUGAUAGAUUAGAAGGGAAACCAAAUGGAAACAAGAUGGAACAAUAUUAUGGAAAAAGAGCUAGGGAUGAGAAGAAAACGUAAUUAGCCGGCAGAUGAAAUCUGAUCUCAGCAUUUCCAAUUUAAGAGGACAUAAAUCAGAUUUCAGAUCUGUGAUAGGUGUUCUUGGGGAUGUUGCAUCUUUUUCAGGACUAGACUGCUUGUAACGAUGGCCGUUCGUGCAGUCUCCUCACGCAUGCGAGCUUUUUGGGAUGCUGAUCGGUUAAAAGAACUUCACCCCUCGCACAUGAGGCUCUUUUUGUAUUGAGAUGUGAAAAUGAAAGAAUUGGGCGAAGAUACUGAGCUGAAAAAUCAGCCAAUUUGAGAGACGCUGUUACGAUCUUUCACUCAGAACCUCAAGAAUGCAUGAUGAAUAUUAUAA